AUGAUCGUGGAAUUAUUUCUUGUAGGGAAAGAUCCCAAUCAGUCCUCCCACAAGAUUGAGGUUGAUAGGGUGGAUGACUUGGAAAACCUGAAGAUCAAGGUUGCGAGUCGAUUCAACAUUGUUGUACCGAGUGGUAUUGAUUUCCAGGAUCAAUCUGGCCGUCAGCUUCUUGAUAUUGAGGACAUUCUGGAUUGUCCUGAGGCUGUGGGAAUUCUGGUUGAUGGACACUCAAUCCGAGAACCUUCUGGUCCGAAGGGGCUGCCAUUUGCUGGUGCUUACUAUGAGGUUUUUCCUGACCACGUUGGCAACCACGAGCGAAUGUUCUACAGGUUCGGGGGCGUCAUAAAAUAUACCACGUAUGGCCGCGACAACUACCUGACCCGCGACCCCCGGGUGGCCGAGGUAGCUUUUUCGGAGAGCCCCUUCUUUACAAAAGCAACAUCUAACCCCAAUCAUCCGCUUCACCCUAUCAGUAAUCAGAAUUCUCUCUUCAUAUGCGACACUAAUGAGAACUGGCGAAUCGCCCAUCGGUUUAUAGCUCCGGCUCUCAAUCCUAAGGCGAUCAGGCAUUACCACCCGAUACUGCAAUCUGUGGUGGAAUCGUCGUUUCCUGUGUUUGACGAACUUGAUCAGAAGGGUGAAGCUUUUAACACUUAUCAGUAUAUGAUGAAACUGGCUAGUGGAGCAAUUGGAAAAUGUGCCUUGGGGAUGGAUCUACACCAUUUUGAUUCCAUUGACGCCCCAGUUCAUACCUUAGUCUCAUCUAUACAAAAGACUCUUCAACUGAAUAAAAAGGUUGCGUCCAGAGGAGACUGGUACGCCAAGGUACCAUUCGGUGACCCUAAGGAAUUAGAUCGAACCCAGAAGCAGGUUGUACAGCUCCUCAAUGAUGCUUUCGAUACUUGCCCGAAAUCUGGCGAUGAGGAUCUACCUAUCAACGAAGCUGCCCUUCGUGCUGCAUGCAUUUUUGAUUAUCUUAACAGAGCAGUUGAUGACACGGGAAAGAAAUUACCUAGGGAACUCGUCGCUCCUAACAUGCUGCCAGGAGCUGGUUUCGUCACAACAGCUUGCCUAUUGUCCUGGUUGAUCUACUCGCUCUGCACUUACGAAGGAACACAAGAUCGUCUCCUACAAGAGCUCGUAGAUCAUGGAGUUACCCACGAUACGACUUGGGAUCCGGAUUUCGCCGACAGUCUUCCGUAUCUAAAUAAUUUCAUCAAGGAAACGCAGCGACUACAUAAUCCCUCAUUCCAGCCUGGAAGGGUAACCAAGGCUGACUGCAUCGUUCCGGGUGGGUACCAACUUCCAAAGGGGGCAGCGCUGAUCAUUGCUCUGUACGCAAUCCAUUCCAAUCCUGAUAUAUGGGAUAAUCCCCACCGCUUCGACCCAGACCGGUGGGACCGUUUCAAUCCAAAAGAGAAGCCCAAAUGUUCCUAUAUACCUUUUGCGACUGGUCCACGUUCCUGUAUUGGCUUUAACUUCGCUCUUGGGGAGGUCAAAGUCGUCCUACCUUCCUUGGUUUACAGAUAUGAGUUUGUCCGUGAAGGGGAAAAUACCAUUGAGUACGAUCCCCAGUAUCAGCUAAUCCGCCCGAUGAAUCUGUAUGUUCGGGCGAAGAAAAGAACACACUGGCCCAAGGCAAGCGCAGUAUCAGCUUGA